GGCACAGCAGGGGCCGCUUCCCCGUCUCUCGGCUCCCACCGGGGGUGGGGGUUGAGUCCUGCCCGUCCCCGGCUUCGGCGGUCACUGCCGGGCGUGCCCCGCCGCCCGCACCUGCCGGCGCCCGGCUUGCGUGGGAUGCACAUCCCGGCGGGGCUCCGGCAGCGCCUCGGCCCCGGCUCUCGGCGGCCGCGGUCAGCCCUCGCCAUUUACCUCACUUGCCCGAUGCCGGGAGCGGGGGGCCAGAGGGCCGAGGCGGCGCUGAGGGCGGCAGAGCUGGGUUGCUUCAGCCCGGCCGGAUCCUUCUGUCGGGCAACGAAAUCCUGGCCGCUCAGCGGGUCUGGUUUAAAAUUCAGCCGUGAGGUGGAGGCAGGUGUUUGCAGCGCUCCCUGCGAGAUGGCUGGUGGCGAGCAGAGGGGCGAGGGGCUGCGGAUUUGUAGCUGCAAAUCAUUCAGGCCGGCUCUGCCCUCUCCACAAAAUCACACGGACAUCCACCCCUUCCCAAGCGCUGUUCCCUACCCUUUUUGAGGCUAAAGGCUCGGGGAUUUGCACUGAGAGAAAGAGCCAAACAGAUCUAGCACCCGCCUCAAUUAAAAAUCUGCCUUCCCGGCGGGAGAUGCUGAAGGGGAACGCGGGUUGUGAGAAACCGACUGCCGAGUUCCUGGAAACUGGAAUUGCGAGCCGAACCCGCCACUUCCCAAGAUAAGGUGAUAAGGAUGAUCAUCACCAAGAUCACUUAUCCCAAGAUAAGGUUAACUCCACGAUAAGGAUGCUGCUCGGGGAGCGGAGAGGGAGGAAGGAGGCUGCUGGACGCAGCAGAGACACAAGCCGAAUUGUGUGAACGGCGAGGCGGCUGGCGGGGAGGUUGCGGGACGCCAGCGUCCCCCGCCCCGUCUCAGCGGCCCGGUUGAUCGCCGCCCUCCCUAUCUGGCCGGUGCCGGCUCUCCCACCCAAACCUUUCCAUUUCGUCUCCAUCUCUCGUUCAGCGCGGCGGAUUCUUCCUUACGCGCCCGAGCGGUAGGACGGUGCCACCUCAGCAAAAGGUUUGUUUUUUUUUUUUUUUCGAAGAGAGGGAGCCGGGCCCUCCAUCCGCAGCCACCGCGGGGUGAUGCGGAGUUCCCCUCAGUCCGAGCGACGUGGGGGCCCGGAGCGGGCCAAAGCCCCUCGGGUAGCCGGCUGCAGGAAGGGGGGCCAUGGAAAGGGAGGGGGCGCACACCAAAGUCACAGGUGACUUGUUCCAAUUAGUAGCUGUCUAAUUAAAUUAGUGUCACGCGGCCCAGCCAAUGGGCCGCGGGGGUGGAGGGCGACGCUGAGGCAGGGCGGCCCAGGCCCCUCCCCCGCGGCGGCCCGAGGAGCCCGGCGCGCCGGUAUAAAUUGUCUCGGCGGAGCGGUGCCGGAGUGCAGCCGUGCGCGGCCACAGGUCGGGUCGACGCAGGAUUGAGUAGGAGCUCGAACGCACCGCCCAUCGAGGAUGCAGCUGGGUGAGCCGCUGCUGACGGCGGCGGGGGCACUGCCGGGCGCCCCCUUCUACCCGCUGGAGGGCGGCGGACGCUCCGGAGCCGCCGGAGCGGGAGCUGGGACAAGCGCUGCUGGCGGCUCCCGCGGGCCGCCCGGUCCGGGAUCGCCGCCUCGCCUCGACCUGGACAAGAUGCCCAAGAAGUUUGGGGCGGCCCCCGCCAUCCUGGGCGAGGCGGAGGCCGUCGAGCCGCCCUUCGCCGCCCCCAAGCCGGACGGCCGCAAGGCCACCCCAUGCGGGGACGAGGAGCUGCCCCCGGCCGCCGCCGCCCGCUACUCCAUGGACAGCCUGAGCCCCGAGCGCUACUACCUGCAGUCCCCCGGGCCGCCCGCGGCCGACCUGGGGGGGCCCUGCGCCCUGUUCCCGUACCCGCCGGCGGCGCAGCACGGCGCCGUCUACCAGCCGCCCGGCGGGCCGCGCUACCCCUACGGCUCCGUGCUGUCCCCGGGCGGCUUCGCGGGCGCCGUGUGCCCGCCCGGCGGCCGGACGCAGUUCGGAGGCGGCGGCGGCUACCAGUACGGGCAGGCGACGGGCGGCGGACCUCUGUACGGCCCUUACCCGCCGGCGUCGGGCUCCUGCGGCGGGCUCGGGGCGCUGGGGGUGCCAGCCGCCGGCCCGGGGAUGCGAGCGCAGGUCUUCCUCUGCAACCGGCCCCUCUGGCUCAAGUUCCACCGGCAUCAGACGGAGAUGAUCAUCACCAAACAGGGCCGGAGAAUGUUUCCUUUCCUGAGCUUCAACAUCACCGGCCUCAACCCCACUGCCCACUACAACGUCUUCGUGGAGGUGGUGUUGGCGGACCCCAACCACUGGCGUUUCCAGGGGGGCAAGUGGGUGACCUGCGGCAAAGCGGACAACAACAUGCAAGGCAACAAGGUGUACGUUCACCCCGAGUCGCCAAACACCGGGGCUCACUGGAUGAGGCAGGAGAUUUCUUUCGGGAAGCUGAAGCUAACGAACAAUAAAGGCGCUAACAACAACAACGCACAGAUGAUAGUACUUCAGUCCCUACACAAGUACCAGCCCCGACUUCACAUUGUGGAAGUGACUGAAGAUGGUGUUGAAGAUCUGAAUGAUUCCUCAAAGACUCAAACAUAUUUUCCUGAAACGCAGUUCAUAGCAGUUACAGCAUAUCAAAACACUGAUAUUACACAGCUCAAAAUUGACCAUAAUCCUUUUGCAAAAGGCUUCAGAGAUAACUAUGACUCCAUGUACACAGCUUCCGAAAAUGACAGAUUAACUCCAUCUCCCACGGAUUCUCCUAGAUCCCACCAGAUCGUCCCUGGUGCCCGAUACAGUGUGCAGCCGUUCUUCCAAGAACAGUUUGUCAACAACCUGCCCCCAGCCAGGUUUUACAACGGUGAGAGAACUGUCCCUCAGACAAAUGGCCUGCUGUCCCCGCAGCAGAACGAGGAGGUGGCUAGCUCUCCUCAGCGGUGGUUUGUGACGCCCGUGCAGCAGCCCAGUGCCAACAAACUGGACAUGAACUCCUAUGAGUCGGAGUAUUCUCAUAGCCCCUUGCUCCCUUACGGCAUCAAAUCCCUCCCGCUUCAGACGUCCCACGCUCUGGGAUACUACCCCGACCCGACGUUCCCAUCCAUGGCAGGCUGGGGGAGCAGGGGCUCUUACCAGCGAAAAAUGACGACAGGACUAACUUGGCCCUCGAGAACAAGUCCUCCAGGAUUCACUGAAGACCAGCUUUCCAAGGACAAGGUGAAAGAAGAAAUUGGCUCGUCCUGGAUAGAGACUCCACCCUCUAUAAAGUCUCUAGAUUCAAAUGAUUCUGGGGUCUACACAGGUGCUUGCAAGAGAAGACGGCUUUCCCCUAGCACUUCCAGCAACGAAAAUUCCCCGACAAUGAAAUGUGAGGACAUUAAUGCUGAGGACUAUAGCAAAGACACUUCAAAAGGCAUGGGCUACUAUGCGUUCUAUGCUAGUUCUUAGAGCAUCUUUUUUAUUCCAAUUGGCUGUUUUGUUUUGUUUUUUUUUUCAGGGUGGCCUUGGGUUUUUUUUGCAUUACAAUUGCCAAAAAGACUCUUGCCUUCCACCUUGAGUUGUUGUGUGCAAUUCUAAAGAAGGUGCCAAAGCUUUCUGACUGUUGCAGGUAACAGUAGGGAAGGAGCAAACCAUGGGAGAAUUCUUCCCCUUGUUUAGAAGGAGCCAUAUGCAGAAGCUGUAAGGAGUACUCUAGUGUCUAAAUAUGGGGCAUAUUUAUUGGAGACACUAAAGUAUACAGUUUGGGUUGGCUCAGAGACCUGCUCAAAUCUCUGCACUCCUGAGCAAGGAAAGAGGGGGGUGGGAUCCCAAAUUUAAUUUCCUUCCCUGCUUGAUAAAAGGGAACUGGGUUGCAGGGAACUGCACAAAUGCUAUGUUCUGCUUUUGACUGAGCUGGUUUUUUUCAACCCAUCCACAACACAGUUGGCUGAGUUGGAUAUUGCUCAGCUACAGUUUUGUUGGUUUUUUUUUUUUUUGGCAGAAAAUGCCAAAAUAAGGCCUGCUUGCCAGGCAGGAUUUUGACUUGAAGGUCUUGUUGCCAACAGGAUUACAAUGACCAAAUCUGACUUCUCUUAGCUUAGAACUUGCAUUAAAAAAACCCUGCCUCCAUCCCCAAAGCCUAACCUUUAUUGAGGUGGCCAAAAACAAAGUGUACAGUUGGUGUUUUGUCUAGGUACACUGUAGAAUAUUGUGGAAUAAUGUAUAAAUAGUUGACCUAUAGCUGUUCAGUUGGAAGGACAUCCGGUGGUGUUUUGAAGUUCAAAAGGCAUUUUUUGAUUAAUCAAACUUGGCAUAUGACACAUUGCAAAAGGAGAUUUCUAUUUAUGUGUAUGUAAAGUGACUUUUUCAGCUGCCCUGUCUGAAACUGGAAGUGAUGUAACUUUACCCAUUCUUGCCUAUUCUUUCAGCCAUUUUAAACUGCCCCAGAGCAACUGGCCCACAAACUUUUCCCCCUCCCAAUAAACUUGUUUGUUUUUUCUAUGUACAUAGUAAUAAUUUUUAAUAAAUGUGGUGGUGCCAGGCAUAAGAA